GGAUGGGUUAAGUGCGAGAAAGACGAGAUGGGAGUCAACUAUUUCAGGAUCGAGGGUGUAAGUGAGCAGAGUGUGGGGAAGUACUUAUUGCGAAUUGACGACACAUUGAACGAGUGUGUUAGCGAGGUGCAAGUUGGAUUAGAUUACAAGCAGGAAUACGAUUUUGUCCUCCACAUCAGCCCCAAGGAGGUCUCAGAUGAUCUACAAUUUGCCUGCGAUAUAAGCAGCAAGACGAAACCGCAAGUUCGAUGGUUUUAUAAUGACCACGAACUGGAGGGCUUUGGGAACUACGUCUUCUUCAAAGUUGUUGCACAAAACCAUUCUGUAGAACAGCCAACAACACGACAUUGGCAUUUCGGACAAACUGUUGGACCUUCCAACUGA